AUGGCACCGCAAGGAGCAACAACAACGACGUCGGUAGUAGCACCCGGCGCUGGUCUGAUCGCGAACAUCCCUACCGCUUCUUCCGGCACGAAUCAUCCGGCCGUGCCCGCUAUCGAUCAACUGUCCUGCGGGGAAAUCAUGUACGACGAGGUGGAUAACAAGUUUGCCGAACCGGAUCGCCACAUGAUCAGUGACGAUCGCGUUAUCCAGAAUCUGAUCGGGCUAGAACGGCUAACCAUUCCAGCGUUUAACUACUUUAUGUCGGUGCAGCUAAACAUUAAGCCCAACAUGCGAAAGAUCGUCACCACGUGGAUGCUGGAGGUUUGCGAAGAGCAAAAGUGCGAGGAGCAAACGUUUCCACUGUCCGUGAAUUUCUUCGACCGCUUCCUGUGCGCCCUGCCGAUCCAUCGCCACCACCUGCAGCUGCUCGGAUGUUGCGCCCUGCUGCUGGCGUCGAAAAUUCGCCAAUGUCAGCCAUUAACGGUGGACGUGCUCAGUGCCUACACCGACCAUGCGGUUUCGCCGGAUCAGAUAAGGAGCUGGGAGCUGCUGUUGAUCAGCAAGCUCGAAUGGAACAUCAACGCGGUGACAGCGUACGACUACGUCGACCACAUUCUGGAACGCUGCAAGUGGGGUUCGGACGAUUCCCGGCUGCGCGAACAUGCGCACACACUGAUACACGUCUGCAACACCGAAACCAUCUUCAUGCAAGUGGAACCAUCACUGUUGGCCGUAUCCUGCAUCGCGUCGGCCACACGCGGUCUGAACGUAUCGUCCAAGCACGCCGUCAAUUACGAUCUGUGCCGGCUGACCAUGCACGAUUCGCAGAAGAUCGAUGUGAUCGUGAAGGUGAUCGAAGAAAUCGUGGCACGCGAAAUCGCGGACAAGCAGAUCCAGCAGCAGCAAGUCGCCCAACAGCAAGCCCAGCUGGCGGCCGCUGGCAGUAGCUGCAAGGAGCAGUACCAGCAAGCUCCCCAGCGGUUGGCAAAUGCUACUAGCAACAGCAGUACGGUGCCACCUCAGCAACAGCAACCGGAAACACCUACGGAUGUGCAGUACAUCUUUUUCUAA